GGCACCUCGUGGCACUUCGAAUUCUACGUCACGGCACGUAGCACUCUAUUAAUAUCGUCCAUCCGUGCAAUCCCGUACAUACGGUGUCGGUGCAGUACUAAAGUAUCAAAGACAUGCCACAAGUUACCCAUUCAACUGGAACAUGUCACUUCUCAAAAUACCUCUGGUUCUCUCAUCAGCUAUCGCAGUCCAAGUAGCAGUCACUCCUCCUCAUUCUGCAUCCGACAAGGAGUUAUAUCAUAAUGGUCGGACCCUGAUUCGUCUCCCAUCUUAUUUUCGUAAAAUGAGAUAUCCCUCGCAAACUAUAGCCGGGUUGUACUGGGUGGGGGCAGUGGCUGAAAUAACUGCCAUCAUAGCUCGCCACGUCGACUCCUCAAAAAUACCAUCAGUUUUGCGAACGGCAUCCGAAGCUCUGACCACUCUCACAGAUGUCCCUAUUACUCCUUCUUUCCUUGUGGGCUCUAGCCUCGUGACUAGCGGUGGAUUCAUCCGCUGGCUCUGCUACCGAACCCUCGGUCGCUAUUUCACGUUUCUACUCAGCGUACGCCAAGACCAUCGACUUAUCACCACCGGUCCUUACGCGAUCGUCCGGCACCCUUCUUACACAGGAAUGAUGAUGUUGUGCCUUGGAAUCAUCAUUCUGCAUGGCUCUCACAAUUCAUGGUUAAGGGCUUCUGGUGUAUCAGCAAGGAUCCCCGGAGUGUUACCGGUCGUCGCUGGAACUUCCAUUUUUUGUACAGCGGUGAAUUUCGCAUUAUGUUCAAGAAUGAAGAGAGAAGAUAGGAUGAUGCAUUCUGCCUUCGGAGAAGAAUGGGAAGCGUGGGCGAGAAAUGUGAAGUAUCGGAUUAUACCUGGCGUGUACUGAAGCCGUGUGUUGAAUGUGACCACAUCAAGCGUCUGUUUAAAUUUCAAUAGGCCCGAAUGUCUUGUACCUUGGUACUUCGUGUAUGAUUAGUAUUUGCAAUUGGUUUGUGUGGCAUACCAAGUGACUUGGAAUCAAAAUACAAAUGGUUUGAAGCUGUACCCUCACCCAAGGGUAUGUUACUUGGCUGAGACUGCGCGACAACUCACAGAUAUUUAGAUGCGACCAACGAUUCACUAUAUUGUGUAGUA